AGCGGCUAGUGGAGUGGAGAGAGAGCGCGAGAGGAGCCUCGUCGAGAGGCAGAAACGGGCAACACGAAGAAAAAACCUCUUUAUACUCUCCUUUUUUGUUUUUCACUCAAAUUAAGAGGAAGUGUGUGUGUUUUUUGACGUGGAGACCUUUCUACUCCGGAGAGCAGCGCUGCAAAAAGAGAAAAAGAAAAACCAAGGACUGACUCGGAGGAAACGAGCUUUCUGCAGGGUUUCGUGCUUGGAUUCGCUCGGCUAGGUUGAGUUAGCCGGCCUAGCGUUCACCUCUGCCCUGGAAGCGCGUCACCAUUUUCACGUCUCCGGCUUGUGGACAGGUUGUUGUUCGCGGUGCUCGCUGUCGUGUUGUACAACUGCUAGCUAGUUCUCUCGUGUAUUGGCCGCGUUCACUGGAGUGACCAGAGACUAACCAGCUUGUGAGGACGAGCUACUGUAGCUAGCUAGCUAUCUAUCUGUCACCCUGUCCCACCCUCCCUGCUUCUCUCCCUCUCUCACCCUCCCUGCUUCGUUCCCUCUCUGCUUCUCUCCCUCUCUUUCCAUCUCUCUCUCUCACUUUCUAACAUUAGCUAGCACUUAGCCGUGUUAUACUAUAGCAAAGGCUUGGGCGGCCACUUUUACGAGGCAACUUUACAACAUAGCUACCUCUGCUGAGCUGAACUAGUGUUGGUGUUGCUCAUUUUGAAACAUAAUAUAAAAAAAAAACCACCUUGAGUUUGAUACACUGGAAGGGAGGGGGAAAAAAACGAAGCCCAAAGUGCAAAGAACAGAAAAAGCGAGCUAUCUGAGAGCUGAGAUAAGACUCACAGGUUCUCCUGACACAACAAACAGGAGACAUUUGUUUAGGGGAACUGCCAAAUAUAUAUAUAUAUAUAAAAAACACGUGGUGAGCCACAUUGUUCUUUUUAUUAACUCUUAAACUCUCCUCAGUGCAGUUUAUACCUGAUUAACAGUCAAGAAUUACUUAUAAGUAGACAAAAACCCUUGUAGGGAUCCCAUUGGCCUUAAGAUCUUAUCAGUGAGGCUGUAAACAAGAACCAGAUCGUUAUCAGUAAUAUAUAUUUUUAUGCCAGUGCUUUUUGGUACAAAGAAGUAAAUCUGAUUGUCAGAUUGAUUCAGUCGACUGGCAUUUGUGUAAGCUAGUUUCGUGUUUUUUUUCCCUCUCGAUUUUUUGAAGCCUUGAUCUUUUGUAGGCCUACCUCGUUGACACCUCACUGUAUGUCCUGUUAUUUCCAGACAGGGAUCCGGGACGUAUGCGUUUCCAUCCGUUUUGUUCUGACUGAGAUUAGAUUUGAGCGCUAGAUCUAAUAACCCCUUCGUUUGUUCCUUGCUCCUUUGACAGCAAGUGUUUUCAGUACUGCGGUCCCCUCUACUACAUGGACUGACAAGAAGACGUAUAUUUAUAUUUUUGUACCACAGUGCAGAAUUUACUGAUAAUAAAUAUAUAGUUGGCUAUCAGGAUACCAGCAGCAGCAUCAUCAUCACCCAACCAUGAGUAUUGAGAUUCCGGCAGGUCUGACCGAGCUUCUGCAGGGGUACACGGUGGAGGUGCUGCGACAGAGACCUCCCGAUCUGGUCGAGUUCGCCGUGCAGUAUUUCACUCGGCUCAGAGACACGAGGAGUCAAGACGGAGCCGGGUCCACUGCCAAAUCUGGAGGCAAGGGAGUGAUGUUUGAUGGCGAGCCCAUGCAGACAGAGUCCAAUGGUGAAGAAGAUGAUGAAGAAGACUCUGACUUUGAGCCGCCUCCCCCCAGCAGAUUUAACCGGAGAGUGUCGGUGUGCGCAGAGGCGUUUAACCCGGAUGACGAUGAAGAAGACUCUGAACCAAGAGUCGUUCACCCAAAAACAGAUGAGCAAAGAUGCAGGUUGCAGGAGGCCUGCAAAGACAUACUGCUGUUUAAAGCUCUUGAUCAGGAGCAGUUUUCACAAGUGCUGGAUGCCAUGUUCGAAGUGCUCGUGCAGCCACAAGAACAUGUCAUCGAUCAGGGAGAUGAUGGGGAUAAUUUCUACGUCAUUGAAAGGGGCGUGUAUGAUAUUGUGGUGCAGAAGGAUGGCGUGGGCUGCUGCGUUGGUCAGUACAAUCACAAGGGCAGCUUUGGAGAGCUGGCACUUAUGUACAACACACCCCGUGCUGCCACCAUCAUCUCCAAGCAGGAGGGGGCCCUCUGGGGACUGGAUCGAGCAACAUUCCGUAGGCUGAUUGUGAAAAACAAUGCAAAGAAGAGGAGGAUGUAUGAGAGCUUUAUCGAGUCUGUGCCUCUCCUGAAGUCUCUGGAGUUGUCUGAGAGAAUGAAGAUUGUUGACGUUUUGGGGGUGAAGACUUUUCAUGAUGGAGAGAGGAUUAUAAUGCAGGGUGAUAAAGCGGAUUGUUUUUACAUUGUUGAAUCUGGGGAGGUGAAGAUCAUGAUGAAGAGCAAAACAAAAGCAGACAGGCAGGACAAUGCCGAGGUAGAAAUUGCCCGUUGCACUAGAGGGCAGUACUUUGGAGAGCUUGCAUUUGUAACCAACAAACCAAGGGCUGCCUCAGCUUACGCCAUUGGGGAUGUUAAGUGCUUGGUAAUUGAUGUGCAGGCGUUCGAGCGCUUACUGGGUCCAUGCAUGGAGAUCAUGAAGAGGAACAUUGCUCACUACGAAGAGCAGCUGGUGGCUCUGUUCGGCUCCAGCAUGGAUCUUAGAGACUGACAGAGACUGGUUGUGCCUUACACACCUCACAUACACACUCCACAUACAUGCACACACAAACACUUAAGUAACCUAAUACAUAGAGUUUAUAUAAACACACCACAAUUUGUAGGCACACUCCUUUUUAUGUUCAACUCCUACCCCAGAAAAUCUUCUCUCUGUCUUCUGUUUCUCUUGCAACCGCAAAACCCUGCUGCCAAUUCCAACAUGCUUCCCUACACACUCUCUCUCUCUCUCUCUCUCUCUCUCUCACUCUCACUCUCACACUCACACUCACACACACACACACACACACACACACCUGCAGUCUCUGCAUUAGUCUCUACAUCGCCUCUCUGGUAUAAAAAAAGAAGCAUUACACAUCCUCGAGCUGUGACCCUCAACCAACUUCAAGCAACAAGGACAGCCGUGCGGACACCAAAACACACCUGCACACUUCAUCCAGCUUCAACAUACCUGCACAACACACAUGCAAUGCAACAAACAAACCCAGCCAAGGACCCAUAUCUUCCCAUGGAUAUUUGAAAGAAAAAAACCUUCAAAGGACAAGAAAUGAUUGCAGAAAAAAUGGAAGCCUAAAAACUGAGCUAAAAAUGCAAAAAAUAUAUAAUGGUUGAACCGAGAAGUUUUAGAAGCAUUUUAUGACUGUGCAAAGCUUUGAUUAACACUUAUUUAAAUAAGACUUGUUUCCUUUCCUGCUAUUGGUGCAUUGAGUUAGUGCUGGUGGUAUCCACGGUGACCAAUGUUAGGUCUUCGUCUUGUUCACACGAACUCCAUAUAUGGUAUUGCUUAAUGUAUUAUUAUUAUUACUAUUAUUAUUAUUAAUACUAAUAUUGUUGCAUUUUUUUUUUUCUUUUAUUUUCGGCUAUGUUGGAGAAUGUGUGGCAAAAUCUAGUGCUUAUUUCUUCUCUUGGUCUUUCUGGAUGAGUUGUUCUGAAAAGUAAAUAAAGCAAAACAUUUUGUUAACA